UAUUGGAGGAUGCAUGUUAGUGCAUCCUCCAAUAGAAUAUCGUAGAAUUUUGUGUUGUUUUCUUCACUUUUUUCGAUUUUCGAUCCACAGCCCAUGUGUCUUGGUCCAUGUGUUUUUCAACUGACCUUUCUCGCCGUCGUCUGUGUAGUUAAGUAAUUGAUAACGGUUCUCGGUGAAAUUUCAAUGAAGAAUAAGAUUACAAAGAAAAUCAUAAUCUACAAAAUAUAUUAUAAAUAUUCUUCGAUUCAUAAAUUUUUGACACCUUGAGCUACGGACAUAACCUCAAAAAUCGUGUUCUCCAACCUGCACGAUGAGUGAACCAGAGUUAGUCGGUUUCGCAGAUCCUGCGGAAUUUCAAAAUGAUGACAACGGUGAUUUUUCGAGUGAAAAGAAAAAAAGUGCUAAGAAAUCUGGCGGAUUUCAAGGAAUGGCACUCAGUUUUCCUGUUCUGAAAGGAAUUUUGAAACGUGGAUAUAAGGUUCCUACACCGAUCCAACGCAAAACAAUACCAUUGGCUUUGGAAGGUCGUGAUGUUGUAGCCAUGGCAAGAACAGGCAGUGGCAAAACUGCUAGCUUUCUAAUCCCAUUAUUCGAAAAACUGAAAACCCGACAAGCUAAGAAUGGUAGUAGAGCACUGAUUCUUUCACCAACUCGGGAGUUGGCUCUGCAAACGUUGAAGUUCAUCAAAGAAAUAGGAAAAUACACGGGCCUAAAAGCUGCCGUUAUAUUAGGUGGAGAUAACAUGGAUAAUCAAUUUGGAGCGGUUCACGGAAACCCGGACAUAAUUGUUGCAACACCAGGACGUUUUCUUCAUAUCUGUGUUGAAAUGGACUUGCAUUUGAAUAGCGUGGAAAUUGUGGUAUUUGACGAAGCUGACAGGCUUUUCGAAAUGGGCUGGGGAGAGCAAAUUCACGAAAUAGCUAACCGACUUCCAGAAUCGCGUCAAACUCUCUUGUUUUCUGCGACUUUGCCAAAAGUUCUGGUCGAAUUUGCUAAAGCCGGUUUAUCGGAUCCUGUCCUCGUGCGUCUCGAUGUAGAGAGCAAAUUACCCGAUGAGCUGACACUUUCUUUCAUAACAUGUCGUCCAGAGGAAAAAAUGGCGGUUCUGUUGGCUCUUUUGAAACACGUUAUUAAAUCGGAUUCUCAAACUAUAGUUUUUGCAGCAACUAUGCAUCACGUAGAAUAUAUCCACAUGAUCCUUGAUCAAGCCAAUAUCAGCAACACUUUUAUAUAUUCGAAUUUAGAUCCAUCAGCGCGUAAGAUAAACGCAGCGAAAUUCCAAUCUGGUAAAGCAAAAGUUUUGAUCGUUACUGACGUUGCGGCUCGUGGUAUUGAUAUUCCACAUCUCGACAACGUUAUUAAUUUCAAUUUUCCUGCAAAAUCCAAAUUGUUCGUUCACAGAGUCGGACGCUGUGCCAGAGCUGGUAGAACAGGUACCGCAUACAAUAUCGUAGCUCCCGAUGAAUACGCCUAUUUGCUGGAUCUCCAUCUUUUCCUUGGUCUACCUUUUAACGUGGCUCCGCCUACGGGAACCGCUGAAAAAGGGGCGAUAGGUAAAAUGCCGCAAUCGAUGAUAGAAGCUGAACUAGCCGAAUUGAUAGCAUGGCACGAUACGAGCACGGAUCUGAAAAAUAUGCGUCAAGUUUCGAACAACGGUUAUCAGCAAUACAUUCGAUCGAGACCUGGUGCUUCGGUGGAAAGUGUAAAAAGAGUCAAAGAGCUGCGAAUUUGCGAAGCGGGAGUUAUCGCAGAAUAUCGUGAAACGGCUCCUGCGGCCAUGGAUUUGUUGGCACAAAUGAAAAACUACAGACCUCAAGGUACGAUUUUUGAAAUUGGCUCAAAACCAUCCGCCAUUGAUUACAAAGUAAUGAAAGCAACGCGUGCAUUUCACAAAGAAACUAUCACAAAUUUCAAAAGAAAAACUGAAGAACGAAACGAUAGAGCUGUUAGCGUCGCCAAAACCCAGAAGACCGAAUCAUCUUUACCGUCCAGCAGUGCUGACGAGAUAAAUGCUGCCUUUAGUCGAGUUGUCGUGCCGAGAAAAAGGAAACUCGAUGAUCUCUACAAACCGUCGAAAAAACAAAAGAAAGUUAACAAACGAGACGAUGAAUUUUACAUACCUUACGCAGCACCGGACAAGCACACCGAGGACGGGCUUGCAGUGAACAGUUUCAGCACAGAAGCUGAGAGAGUAACGGUGGAUUUGGGUGCAGAUAACGAAGAGUCUCGACGUUUACAAACGCAGAUUAAAAAAUGGGAUCGUAAAAAGAAGAAAAUGGUUACAGUCAACAAUAAUUCCAAGGUUGGCAAAAUUCGAACGGAAUCUGGCGCAUGGAUUCCUGCUACGUACAAGACGAAUCGUUACAAUCAGUGGAAAGAAAAGACGAAAGUGGGGGAAACGAACGACGACGAUGACGACGAGGAAUCACACUCGCAUACGCAGAAGCUUAAAACGACAGCGAACACUCACUGGGCGCGUCACAAUCAGAAAAUGAAGGAAAAGGUGAAGUCGAACGCUGAGCUUAAGAGACCCGAGCAAGUUCUUAAAGCGCGGAAACUUAUGGAAAUGAGAAGGAAUCGAAACGGGCGGAAGAAAGGAAAAGGGAAAAAGAAAGGUGGCAAAAAACGGUAGUUCGGAAAGCAGGUCGAUGAAAAAAUCGAUUUAUUAUGUUCAGUACAAUGACAUUGCAAUUGUACGAAAUCAACCGUUGUACAACGAAAGAUGUGGCUUAAAUAUUGCACCCACGAAUAACAAUUUGUGAAAAACA